CGGGUUAAACAGGACGGAGAAGAGGUGUCAGCCACAUACACAGCACAACCCCCAUCACAGGGCACUCCCGGCGUCAGCUGAUCAGCUUGUACCGACAGGGGGCGGUGCCCGGGGAGUCUCUUCCGGGUCAGCAGUCUGAAUGGAUUGUCGGUGAUCUGGAUCGGAGUGUCCGGUGAUUUCCCCUCCCCCCAGGCAGGGUGGGGUGUAUAUGGCGUCCUUGUCCCAGCUGGCAGUCUGGCUCUCCCAAUCGGCCGCUGCUCGCUCCUAUGUGGUCUUCUCCAAAGGCCUGAGCCGCACUCUGCUCAUCUUCUUCAACCUGGCCUGGAGGCUGAGGAUUAAAUUCCCCUAUCUGUAUGUCAUCGCCUCCAUGAUGCUGAACGUCAGGCUGCAGGUUCACAUAGAAAUCCAUUAAGACGCAGACACCUUCUUCAGCAGAGCAUUGGCCUCCAUUGGACAUUGUAAUACUUGCAAUGGAUGGACUGUGUACUAUUAGUACAUCAUGCAGCAAAAAAGAUUCAAGAGGCGCUUGCUUACAGGAGAGGGAUACCACAAGGCAAGAGGUGAAUGAUGAAGUUCUGGAAAUACAUUUGACAAGAUGCAAUUCAUCCGAAUGUCAUUUUACUCAAUCGCAUAAAGCGAUGGCACCUUUGACGUUCAUUAAAUCUGUUUUCGCCCACCCCUUGUCCAGUAGUAGCACGGGUUAUUCUUUAACAACAAACGCCAUUUUAGUCCAUUUUCAGGAUGGUUUAAAUGACUGUACCUUAAUAUUUUUAUUUCUAUGGACUGGACUUGGUGACACAAGUUUAUCAUCCCUACUCGCCGAAUCGUGUUGAAGACUUUGCAUGUACCUUUUUUUUUUUUUUUUUUUUUUUAUGUUUACUACAUUUUAAAAGCUGUUGAAGGACAUGGGAAUUUCCAUUGUGAACCUGAGUUUCUGAUCAAAAGUCCACAGAAAAUGUGUUCCUUAUAUAUUUCUGGGCUCAACGGGGGUCUGUUGGAAAAAUAACAGAAUAAUAACUUAUGUGCCAGUU